AUGCUUCAAGACAUGACAUUUCAUUACUUGAACCGUAAUUCCAGUCCCCCAUUCGGUCUCUAUACCUGGCCGACCCUCGCCGCUGACCGCACGAAUCAACCAAUUUCAGCAGCAGCAGUGGGCCGACCCAACUUCAGCAGCAGCAGCAGCAGCAGCAGCAGCGGGCCGACCUUACUUCAGCAACAGGCCGACCCAACCUCAGCAGCAGCCGAACAUUAUAUGCGUCAAUCCUUUUCAGGACUAGCCUGGCCACAUGAUAUGCGACAAACUACCAAGCUGCGUUCUUACACGACUAUCAUUCUAAGGACGAACAGGCUACACCAGCACCGUCUGCGCCGAUCCUCUCUCUUCUUAAACGCCGACGCGCUCUUUACAAAAGGGCAGACAUCCGGGGAUCGACGGGACCUCGAAUACCGCUCGUUAUCGCCUGUUCUAUAUUCUUUCUUUUUUUCUUCUUCUUUGCUGGUUUCUUUCUUUCUUUUUUUCUUCCUUGCUGGUUUCUUUAUUUCUUUUUUUUUUCCUUCUUUGCUGGUUUCUUUCUAUUUUUCUUCUUUGCUGGUUUCUUUCUUUCUUUUCUUUCUUUCUUUGUUGGUUUCUUUCUUUCUUUCUUUUUUCUUCUCUGCUGGUUUCUUUCUUUCUUUUUUCUUCUUUGCUGGUUUCUUUCUUUCUUUUUUUUCUUCUUUGCUGUUUCUUUCUUUCUUUUUUUUCUUCUUUGCUGGUUUCUUUCUUUCUUUCUUUCUUUCUUUCUUUCUUUGUUGGUUUCUUUCUUUCUUUUUUCUUCUUUGCUGGUUUCUUUCUUUCUUUUUUUUCUUCUUUGCUGGUUUCUUUCUUUCUUUUUUUCUUCUUUGCUGA